AUGGACGGGGUCUUCAAGGGUCUUUUUGGCGGCAAAGCCACCGAGGCUCCGCAAAAGGCUGAAGGAGGCUUUGCGGACUUUGCGCCUCCAUCUGCGACGGGAUCUGGACCUCAGGGUACUGCCGCCAGCACUGUUCCCUAUACAAAAUGGUACCGAGUAUGGGAACGCACGUCACCACAAGACUUUCUUCAAGAGGCAUUCAUCAUCCCGUUUGUUAUUCUAGUUGCCGUGCUGCACAUGUGGGGAGCCGGUAAAAACAGGCGCAAGGCAAAGACAUGGGCCCAGGCAAAUGUACCAGUGCUUUGCGACGAGUUUGCGGUUGUUGGAUAUUCUGGAAUACCACGGAACGGCAACUCCAAUGAGGGCAUCAAAAUUGACGAUAAGAUAUUCAAGGAGAAGGCGCUGAAUGAGUUCACUACCUACGCUACUGGUCGCCAGAAUAUUGCGUUCGUCGAUGUCACAAUCAAGAUGCUGAAGCGCUAUAACCCUCUACUGCUGUUGGGUGAAACGCUUCUUGGUUUGUUCUUCGAGUCCAUGACACCAUCUGCUGAGAAGGUAGAGAUUGUUGCCUAUCCCUUUGAUGGCCGGGAGAAAGAUCUUGUCCCGGCUACACCAAUGGAUAUCGAUACGGACAAGCGUUCAAAGCCAGCUCCUUCGACUUAUGACGGCUUUGUCUUUGCUGUGGUACACAAGAAUGCCAUGCGUCACCUAAGAGAGGAUCGAUAUGAUGUUUCGUUGACAUUCACUAAGGAGAACGCUAAGCUUCCUAAUUGGUUGACUGUUAUGAGUGAGAGUGCUGAGAUUACCGAUUCCAUGCUCGUUCCUGAGCUUGUCAAGGCCAUUGAAGAAGUCGGUGACCUAUUUGACUACUUGAUUGUGACCGAUCAGCCAAUGGAGAAACCUACCACUGUUGAAGAGGCGGUUCCUCGAAAGCGAAUUAUUCUCUCCCUUCGUGUUCCAGGAUCUUCGGAUGCAUCGGACUAUACCUCUUCUUCCAAAAUGCUGAAAGCCUUCAUUCGUCUUGUUGAUCGCCUGGUGACUCUCGCCCACUUCAGGCCUGAAGUAACCCGCAAACUACGUAGUACCCGUGAGGAAGAAAUCAAGAAGAUGAAGCGUGUCGACCAGGACGAGAAGGCCGAAGAAAGGAAAGCAGCAGCCGAAAAGAUUAAAAAGGAAGAACGUGAUCGACUCCUACGUAGCAUGUCAGCUGAGGAACAAAAGAAGUUCCUCGCGAAAGAAAAAGAGAGGGAACAAAAGCGGGAGAUGAAGAGGCAGACAAGGAAGGGUUGA